AACUUGUCUCUAAGAAUAUCCUUUGGAAGUUGCCAGUUGGCCCAUGCUUAAUGACUUUGGUUCAAUCUAUCUAACUAAGCUUAUCAUCAACCUGACACUCAGACAAGGACAUCCCCUAACAAUUUUUUCGUGUUCCUAGUUCACACAGGCACAUUCUGAUGUUAUUGUUCAUUUCACGUUGUCUUCUUCCUAUAUAAAAAACCAAAGCCAUGAAAAAUAUUUAAUUCCCAAAGAAAAAACAGAGAAGGACCUUACUUUACUUUCCAAAGUGGCCAAGCUCAAGCCUAUAUAUCUUCUUGCUACUUCAACCCCACAAGGAGUACUGGUACAAGUUGAGUUUUUCUUUUGCGUUUGGCUCCCAAAUUCCCAAAAGCAGUGAUGAUUUCUGGUAAAAGAGAUUUGUUUGGUACCAAGGGGAGAACGGGUUUAGAUUUCAUGGUUUUGGUGUCAACAGUAUGGUGGCUUUGUUUGACUGCUUUCAGUGUCUCGGCUGCAACACAAGCAGACCCCCCAUCACCUCAACCGAAUCAAAAGCUAAGGUUUGGCCAAAAUGGAGAAUUCAAGAUAUUGCAGGUGGCAGAUAUGCACUAUGCAAAUGGCAAGAGCACACCUUGCUUGAAUGUGCUCCCUUCUCAGAAUUUUUCUUGCUCUGACCUCAAUACUACUGUCUUUAUUAACAGAAUGAUCCAAGCUGAGAAGCCUAAUCUUAUUGUCUUCACCGGAGACAAUAUCUUUGGGUUUGAUUGCACGGAUUCAGCUAAAUCCUUGGAGGCUGCAUUUGCUCCUGCAAUUGCAUCAAACAUUCCUUGGGUAGCUGUUUUGGGCAACCAUGACCAGGAAGGAACCCUCUCUAGGGAAGGGGUGAUGAAGCAUAUUGUUGGGAUGAAAAACACCUUAUCCAAAUUCAAUCCUCCUGAAGCACAUAUCAUUGAUGGUUUUGGGAACUAUAACUUGGAGGUUGGAGGAGUUGAAGGCUCUGAUUUUGAAAAUAAAUCAGUGCUCAACCUAUACUUUCUUGAUAGUGGAGAUUAUUCCAAAGUUUCUACAAUUUUUGGUUAUGAUUGGAUCAAGCCCUCCCAGCAACUUUGGUUUCAACGAACAUCUGCAAAGCUUAAGAAAGCAUAUAAAAGUGGACCCUUGCCUCAGAAAGAUGCUGCUCCUGGUCUUACAUAUUUCCACAUCCCUCUGCCAGAAUAUGCUAGUUUUGAUUCAUCAAACAUGACUGGUGUGAAACUGGAACCGGAUGGUAAUGGCAUUAGCUCUGCUUCUGUGAACUCUGGCUUCUUCACAACCUUGGUUUCAGCAGGAGAUGUGAAGGCAGUUUUCAUUGGCCAUGAUCACCUCAAUGACUUCUGUGGAAAUCUUAUGAAUAUACAACUUUGUUAUGCUGGGGGAUUUGGAUACCAUGCUUAUGGAAAGGCAGGGUGGUCUAGAAGAGCAAGAGUGGUGGUAGCUAGCUUGGAGAAAACAGAGAAAGGAAGCUGGGGAGAUGUUAAGUCAAUUAAAACAUGGAAACGCCUUGAUGAUCAGCAUCUUACUGGAAUUGAUGGCGAGGUCCUGUGGAGCAAGAACUCUCAGUGUAUCAAUUCACAGACAGUUCCAUUCUACUGGUCCAUGCUACAGCUCCUUGGAUGGGUUUCCAUCAUUUUGGCUUGGUAGGCGCAGUCCCUCAAGGAGCUACUGUGUCUAAGUAUUCUAUUGGAAGUUCAUCAUUGUACUUCUGCAAUAAAGAUACCAAGUUUCUACCACUUACCAAUGAAUAUUUCAGCAAUUUCAUUGCAUUUGAAAUAGUUAUGGACCAGAAUUACAUAGAUAAAUUAGGAAGAUGUAUAGAGUUAUGUGUUAUCAAGUAUUCUACUUUGCUGGUAUGGAAAAGAAUUUGAACUAAAGUGAUUAAAUGUCCAAAGAUUUGAAUAGUUAAAAUAUAUCAUAGAAUCUCGCCCUAGGGGGCUUGGGUAUGUUGUGAAGAAUACAGGAAAAGGAAAAGUAAAUUAGAUGGUAUCAUAAUCGUUAGACAAAGGGAGUAAGAAAAAUUAAAAAUGAGUGAAGAAAGUUUAGGAGUCAAUAAUUUAUCUAUAAUAUGAUUUACUCACGUUACAUAAUUUAUUUGUUUUUUUUUUUAUUUCAUGUUAUCUACUUGGAUUU